ACUUCCCCGCGCGCCGUCCUCCUCGCCCUCCAGGCUGUGGGUCCUGAGUCCGCCUGCUGCUGCCGCCGCCGCUGCCGCCACCUCCAUGCUGCCCGCCGCGCUCCGCCGCCCCGGCCUCGGCCGCCUCGUGCGCCAGGCCCGUGCCUACGCCGAGGCCGCCGCCGCCCCGGCCCCCGCCGCGGCUCCGGGACAGAUGUCCUUCACCUUCGCCUCCCCUACGCAGGUGUACUUCAAUGGCGCCAAUGUCCGGCAGGUGGACGUGCCCACGCAGACGGGAGCCUUCGGCAUCCUGGCAUCCCAUGUCCCCACGCUGCAGGUCCUGCGGCCCGGGCUGGUCGUGGUCCACGCGGAGGACGGGACCGCCACUAAGUACUUUGUGAGCAGCGGCACCGUGACCGUCAACGCUGACUCCUCUGUGCAGCUGCUGGCCGAGGAGGCCGUGACACUGGACAUGCUGGACCUGGGGACCGCCAAGGCUAACCUGGAGAAGGCGCAUGCCGAGCUGUCCGGGGCCGCGGACGAGGCCGCCAGGGCCGAGGUUCAGAUUCGCAUCGAGGCCAACGAGGCGCUGGUGAAGGCGCUGGAGUAGGGGAACAAGCUGCAGAGAGAUCGCCUGGCCCACCUUCGAGGGACCCCGGCCCGCACCCCUCAUUAAAGACCUAAAAGCCC